UUCCCGUGGUGCUCCGCGGCCGCCCGUUCGUAGGAAUGGCGGGUGUUGUGUCGGAGGAGAGUUGCAAAGGAUGCUCCUCCGCCAGCUGCGCGUGUGGCGAGAAGGGCACGUGGAGCAACCCCUCACUGUCGAGCCGGCAGCUCUCGGAAGGCUCGAGCCGCCACCAGCUGCUGCGGCAGUGGACGAGCACGUGGGACUCCCUAAGCGAGGCCGCGUCGGUGGCGGAGGGGACGCGGCAGCGCGAGGGGCCUGCGGUGCCCUCCGAGGAGGAGGACCAGCCGCUGGUGUUCCUGUGCGCCGGGUGCCGGCGGCCGCUGGGCGACUCCCUGAACUGGGUGACCGGCCAGGAGGACAACAACUGCAUCCUGCUGCGCUGUGUUUCCAGUAAUGUGUCUGUGGACAAGGAACAGAUACUAUCCAAGCGUGAAAAUGAAAAUGGUUGCACCCUGCAGGCGCUGCGCUGUGCGGGCUGCGAGCAGCACCUCGGCUACGCCUACCGGUGCACGCCCGGCCACCUCGACUACAAGAGGGACCUGUUCUGCCUCGACGUGGGCGCCGUCGAGAGCUAUGUUCUAGGGUCCUCGGUCAAGCAGAUCGUGUCCGAAGAUAAAGAGGUUUUCAACCUCGAAAGCAGAACCGCCAUAGAAAACUCCCUGAAGCAGAUGGAAGACGUCCUGAAGGCCCUGCAGACGAAGCUGUGGGACCUGGAGGCCCGGCUGGCCUUUCCCGGCGCCGACAGCUGAGGCCCGCGCAGGGCCCGCCCAGACCUCCCUGCCGAGGGCCGGUGGACGUGCGUGCAGCAGCAGUUCCUGUUACGGGUCCACUUCCCGUAGAGCCGGGGGCUCCGGCUGGCUGUGCACCUUGUCGUUUCUUGUAUUGGUCAAUGAGCAUAAUCGUACAAAUCGAAAUUUUAAACCCGUUUUGUGAUACUUGCUGGAAAUAGGAUUUAGGAGUUUUUUUUCUGAUAAGAAACUGCCAUGAUUUCUGAACUGUUUUCUCCUUUGUAUCCAAUUCAUUAUUCUUCAUUUUGUGCUUUCUUUAAAACUUUCUUUUGUCUUUAAUAUUUGAGUAAUACAUAAUAUCAUGUAGCAGGGAAAACCGUAGCAGUUUUCCUGCCGCUGUGCGACCGGAUCUCCUCUAGAAACAAACGGCACAGCUCUCUGGAGACACCGGCCAGCUGAACUGUCCGUCUGGAUUGCUUGGACACUUGCACGCGAACAGAACACCAUGACCUCUAAUGAGCAAACCCCGCUCGUCCCUGUCCGUUCACUGCUGUCUGCCUCUGAAACCUGCAAGGGUACUUGCCAGAGAAAAGCGGUCACCUCUGAGGGCGGAGUUCGGGGAGUUUUCAGUUUCCCAGUUUCCUAUGAUGUAAGAUUUACUGUAAGCACACAUUAUUUUUAUAAUCAGGAAGAGAAUAAAGAUUAAAA